UCCAGUACGCAUGCCCUCCCUGCGAGGCACUGCUGCUUCCAACAACAAGCAGAAGCCAGCAACAUGGCCGACCUGGGGAAGAAGUAUUGCGUGAACUGCCUAGCAGACGUUACAAAUCUGCGGCUUCGCUGUACCGAUUGCCAGGAUAUAGAACUUUGUCCGGAGUGUUUCUCUGCAGGCGCCGAAAUUGGUAAUCACCGCCGAUGGCACGGCUACCAGUUAGUAGAUGGCGGGCACUUUACCCUGUGGGGUCCCGAAGCGGAGGGAGGAUGGACGAGCAGGGAAGAGCAGUCGCUACUCGAUGCGAUCGAGCAGUAUGGCUUUGGAAACUGGGAGGAUAUGACUGCCCCAGGCAGGACCCCUCAGGAGGCCAUGGACCACUAUGUCACCAUGUACAUUCAUGGCAACCUGGGGAAGGCUUGCAUACCUGACAACAUCCCCAACCGUGUGACUGACCACACCUGCCCAAGCGGGGGUCCGCUGUCCCCAAGCCUAACCACCCCACUGCCCCCGCUGGACAUCUCUGUUGCUGAGCAGCAGCAGCUGGGCUACAUGCCGCUGCGGGACGACUACGAGAUCGAGUACGACCAGGAGGCGGAGAAGCUGAUCAGCGGCCUGUCGGUCAACUACGACGACGAGGACGUGGAGAUUGAGAUGAAGCGGGCGCACGUGGACAUGUACGUGCGCCGGCUCCGUGAGCGACAGCGCCGCAAGAACAUUGCCCGCGACUACAACCUGGUGCCCUCCUUUCUGGGCCGGGACAAGCGGGACAAGGAGCGGGACGGGCGCCCUGGCUCGGGGUUGGCAAGCAUCGGGGUCGGGGGAGUAGGAGGAGCAGUGGGGGUGGUAGGGGGACUUGGGGGCGUUCCCACGGGAGCCGGGGGUGCUUCCGCGGGCACGGUGGUUCCAUCGGCGGCUGUAGCGCCCAAGCGGAAGAUCACCAAGGAGGAGAAGGAGCAGCGGGUAAAGCUUCGUCCGCUCUGCCAGCUGAUGGCGCACCGCGAGUUCGAGGAGUUCUUCGAGAACCUGCACAAGGAGCGCGUUCUGCGCGCCAAGGUGCGCGAGCUGCAGCGCUACCGCCGCAACGGCAUCACGCGCCUCGAUGAGUCGGCCGAGUACGAGGCCGCCCGGCACAAGCGCGAGAAGCGCAAGGAGAACAAGAACGUGGCCAAGCGCGGUAGCAGCGGCGGAGGAGGGGGUGGCCAGGGAGGGGGUGGGGGAGGCGGCGGCGGAGGCGGUGGUGGGGGGGGAGGAGGCGGCACGUGCCCCGGAGCGGGUGGCAUCAAGGAGGAGGCCAAGGACGGCGAGUUCUCGGCCAUCGAGAACCUGUCAGGCUUCGAAUUGCUGUCUGACCGCGAGAAAGUGCUCUGCAACUCGCUCAACCUCACCCCAGGGCGCUACCUGACUGUCAAAACUAUCAUCAUCAAGGACCACCUGCAGAAGAGGCAGGGGAUCCCUUCCAAGAGCCGCCUGCCCAGCUACCUGGACAAAGUGCUGAAAAAGCGCAUCCUGAGCUUCCUUACGGAAAGUGGCUGGAUAUCCCGAGAUGCAUCCUAGCCUGGAAUAUGGACAGGUGUUUCCCCCCCCCCCUUUUUUUCCCUCAUUUUCUCAUGUCUCAUUAUGUUUGAGAUGGGGCCAAAUUGCUGGACACUACAUGCAGUCCUUCUUGAAAUGUCCAUGUAUUAACUGAUGUACAGUCAAGAAACAGAAACGAUACUCCUUGUUUUUUAGAAAAAAAGAAAGAAAAAAAUCAUCCCAGUCCUGACCUGAAAGGAACAAAUAUGCCUAUAUAUUUUAUACUAAACAGCAGAGUGAGACUUUACAAAGAGAUAAGAAAAGGUUAGCCUAUAUUUCUAUACAGAAUUCCCUUCUACAUUCAUUUUGCCAAGGAAUCUCACAUACUAAUUAAGGUUUAUAAGCAUUUGGCUGUGGAAGUACUUUUUUCCUCAUUCUUAUGGUGAAGUAAGGGGGGGGAGGUCAACCACAAGAUAUGGCAGCUAACCUUGUCAGGCUGCACUGCUAAAAGGUGCCAUUUUGUCUCCACCAUUGAAUAUCAAUUGCUUUGUGUUGUGGAAAACAAAAACAAACAAACAAACAAAAAAACAACAAUUUUGUUCAUCUCCCUCUCAGGUCUCCAUCAUAGUUCUGAUCAAAUCGACAGCUAUGCUGAUGCCUGCGUUGCCUCUUAAGGCUUCAAAGAAGCACAAGGUUCUCUUCUUUUGCCACAGUGUGCAUGUUCUUUCUUUGCUCUUCCAGUCUCACAGCUUGUCCGUUGACUCCGAAGUGAGUGGAGCUGGGAUGUUUGAGAUUUCUUUGCCCGUCGUGUUGGAUGUGGUGGGCUGAACGUGUUCUUUUUUACUGGUGUGUUGGAGGCGCAUAUGGUUUAAGUGCUGUGUUGCAAUUUCUCGUGAAAAAAAAGAAGACAUGAGCAUGUUUACUCUUUCCUGCUGAUGCUCAGUUGAUGUCGUUUUUUUAUUUUAUGUUCCUUGUGUGAACUGUUGUCGGUCGGGCGCGCGCUUGGUCUAGCUGGCUUUAUUAACAUUGUUAAAUCACUGUUAUGGACGCAUUGAUAAUAUCUUUUGUCAAGGGAGAACUGUCCAGAAGAGGAGAUAAAAGGUCCCGCCACUGUGACGAGUGCUGUGAGCGACAUGGCAGUCUUUGCCAGAAAUGAAAGACUAGAUGUAUGGUUCAGAUCACGUUAGGUUAUGGUGCAGAGAGGUGCUUAGAAUGCAUCAAUCAGUGUAUAUGGUUUGUGUGUACAAACUGAAAACAGUGUUGCAGUGAAAACUAGUGAGAAUAAGUAUGCAUGUCCUUCCUGAAAGCCUUGUAAAAAAGAAACCUUUACCCCCUUUGCUAAUAUAUUUUUGCUAUUUCCAAUAGAGGCACCAUUUAGAUGAAACAUAUUUUUGUCCCAGUGUGCAUAAUUGUGUGUCUGUGUAUGGAAUAUGGACUACUGCUAUGUUAGGGACUCCUCUCAAACAUUGUGGCCCACAUAGAGAAUAUGAAGCACUACUAUAAGAAUUACAAAACCGAGUAAAAACAUUUAUAAAACAGAGAAGUGAAGGAGAUAGAAAUGGGACAGAUAAAAUGGAUGAAGAAUGCCUCAGCAUUCCACUUUGUGUCGGGCAGAUUUUAUGCCUGAAAAGUAUUUAAAAAUAUGGCCUAUUUUCUGUGCUGACAGUCUUCAAAGAAGAAAAGGAAUAUCCUUGACACCCAAGAUCACAGUCAAAGCUUUGUAGCUUUAGUUGGUGAGGAGGUACAGCCAAAGCAUCAACCUGAAAUCUAAAUCAAGUUCCUGUUUGGGGGGGGGGGGGGG